CCAGUUCCUGGGUGCGAUUUAUGUAACAAGCAUUAGUUGGGGAGAUUCUGACCGCGAUGCUAAUUGGACUAUCGACCUUCAGAUUGAUGACGAUGAAGUACUCUUGACGAGGAACCUUUGGUCUCAAGCUACUUUAUGAGCACGUACCUUGCCCUGUUCUUACUCAGUUGCUUUCUCCACUGUCUUACUGCCGGCUGGACAUCCACAGAGAGAUCGAGAAAUACCCUCAAGCCCACAGCCCAACCACCAUCCCAGCCUACUAGUCAUACCUUUGCUGCUUCCAUGGCGUUGAAGAUCCUUGCUGGGGCUGUGACCAGACAUCUGUGAGGCGUUUCUUGCGUGACGCCUGCUUCAACUUGAGCUGCAACAUGAUGUUUGGGUCAAGCGCGUUUUCACGCCUUUCAAUUAGCUGCAAUUAGGCACAUCCGGACAGCUGGCGCAUCAUUAAUCAAACACCUUAAAUGCUUUCCAAUUAUAAUGGGCAUUCAGUUUACCUGGCGUCCCACACAUGAACAGUUGGAGCGAUAGACGGAUAGGCCUGCGCCUGCUGCUCGGCCUUAGCCGCUGGCUGGGCGUUUCCCCGCCCGGCGAACGGUUGGCAUAUCUACACCUGGUCUGGUCCGUGCUGCUGCUGGGCUGCGUUUGGUUCUACACGCUAAACCGUUUGAUCACCAUGAAGUUCUACAAGCAAGUUUUGACCAUACAGAAGCUGUUUUAUUUUGCCGAGUAUCCGGCGAACAUGUUGUUGACGGCGCUAUUCUCGCUGCGGGUUUAUCGCAGCGCACGAUUCCAUAGACAACUUUGGCUGCAGCUAUGUCGCCUGCAGGCGCUGCUCUUCGAGGACGCGACUGCUGCAGCACGUCAACUCUUCGCAGGAUUUGAGCAGCAUGCGCUGCGGCUGCUCUGCGUGAUAAUUGGCUUUCAUGCAGUCUGCGCUGUGGUGGACAGCGCCUGGCUGAACUUCGACUGGCGUCUGAGCGUGCCCAGUAAUUGUGCCCAUCAACUGCCCAGCCUGAUGAUCAGCCUGAGCCUGCUGCAAUAUGUCCUGGCACACCGACUGCUCUGCCUGUUAUAUGCACAGCUCAACCAGCGCCUGGCACAGCUGCGUGGGCGUCCCGUUGGCAUCUGUGUCCUGGCCUUGGAGUCGCAGUCGCUGGAGCAGCUGCGCCUGGUUGCCGUCGCCUUGGAUGGCGUUCAAGCUAAACUCUUGGCCCGUUUUGGACUCGUGCUGCUGCUUAGCUUUGGUAACUCGCUGCUGAGCCUCUCCUACGAGGUGUUCAAUGUGUUUCGCCUGCUCGAGCUGGCGCAAUUGAGCGACUGGUUGCUCUAUUGCUAUCGUUCCUUGUGGCUUCUGCUGCAUGGCGCACGCAUUUGGUUUGUGCUCAGGGCCAAUGAGCGCAUCGUUGAGCAGAAAUGCCAGCUCUUUCUGUUGCUCAACCAGCUGGAGGCUAGCGACACGCGCCAAGAACGUUCCAUUAAUCGUUUUCUGCUCCAACUCCAGACUAAUCAGGCCCAACCCCUGGCCGCCUGUGGGCUUGUCGACCUGGACACCCUUGCGCUGGGCGGGGUAAGUGCCGACAUAUUUACCCAACACAAUCACAAACGCAAUCUCAUUUUGUUCUUUGUUUUGCGGCAGUUUGUCAAUGCUUUGCUGGUCAUUGUUAUAUUCCUGAUACAAAUCGAUCUGGGCAAUAAAUCGCUCAGGGGCUUUGUCUGAAGGCGCAUUCAAUAAAUGAAGCUUGUCCGGA